AUGCCGGGACCGGCGGGUGUUCCGCAACGAAAAAUGACGUAUUUCGUGCCGAAAUCGGAUAAUACACGUGAGCAGGUGCGUGUGCCGAAUGUCAUCGCACUCGUCGGACUGCCGGCGCGUGGCAAGACCUAUAUUUCGCACAAAUUGUGUCGAUAUUUGAAUUGGAUUGGAAUUAAAACGAAAGCGUUCAACGUUGGCGAAUAUCGGCGAAAAGCGUGCAAACUCGAAGAGGAAGGCGAAUUCGAGUUUUUCUCGCCGAAUAAUGCGCGUGGUCAAAAAAUUCGCGACGAAUGCGCUCGAUUGGCUAUCGAAGACAUGGGCCAAUAUUUGGAUAAUAAAGAAGGCGAAGUGGCGAUUUUGGAUGCGACGAAUACGACGCGCGAACGCCGAAAACUGCUCAUCGAGUAUUGUCGGAAUAUGAUGCACGAGCCGCCGUUUCGCGUGUUCUUCGUCGAGUCGGUCUGCGAUGAUCCCGACAUUAUCAACUCGAACAUCACUGAAGUGAAAAUCAAUUCGCCGGAUUACAAGGGCCAUAUGAGCGAAGAAGAAGCGAAAGAGGAUUUUCUGAAGAGGAUCGAGAAUUAUCGAAAGCAGUAUGAGCCGCUCGAUGAGGAAUUCGACGAGGAUAAAUCAUAUAUCAAGGUCAUCAACGCUGGCAAAUCGUUCUACGUGCACAAUGUGAACGGACACGUUCAGAGUCGCGUCGUCUACUUUCUGAUGAACAUCCAUUUGCUGCCGAGAAGUAUUUAUCUGUCGCGACACGGCGAAAGUGAAUAUAAUCGAAUUGGACGACUUGGCGGCGAUAGUCCGUUGAGCGAGAACGGUUUGAAGUAUGCCCAGAAGCUUCGCGAAUAUUUCGAGCAAGAAGACGUCGAAGAUUUUCGCAUUUGGUCGUCGCAGAAGAUCCGCGCCGCCCAGACGGCAUCGCAUUUGAAGGAUUUGGCCGGACACACCGAGUUUUGGAAGUGUUUGGAUGAAAUUGACGCGGGAAUUUGCGAAGGAUUGACUUAUGAGGAUUUCGAGGCGAGAUAUCCGAAACAGUUCGCCGAACGUGACAAAGACAAAUAUCAUUACCGUUAUCCAAGUGGAGAGAGUUAUGAGGAUCUUGUUGCUCGCCUGGAGCCGGUCAUCAUGGAAUUGGAGCGUCAGUCGAAUGUUCUCGUCAUUUCGCAUCAGGCGGUUCUUCGCUGCAUUCUUGCCUAUUUUACGAACCGAAAUCGCGACGACUUGCCAUAUUUGAAGGUUCCCCUUCACACCGUCAUCAAAUUGACGCCGAAAGCGUACUCGUGCGAGGUGGAAAUGUUCAAAUUCGACAUUGAAGCUGUGAAUACGUACAGAGAGAAGCCCAAAUAA